AUGUAAUCCAAUGAUUCAAGCAGAAGAAGAUUAUUUUUGCGUUCUCUUGCAGCCGAAGAGCCACAGAAGAUGCAAAAUAUGUAACAGAUUAUCUCUAUUGUAAGCUCAGCCAAUGGAUCAUUAGUGCUAAGCUAGUUUCGUCUUAAUUCCAAAGGUCUCACCUUCACAAAAAGUAUUGUAUUCCUAAACCCAUUAGACAUCACCUACAUGGAAUCGAAACACUUUAAGGAUCUCAAGUUGGAGGAUUUUGAAAUAGUCUGUAAAUUAGGAUAAGGAAAUUAUGGUAGUGUUGAGAAAGUACUUCACAAACCUACUCAUGAUUACUAUGCCUUGAAGAAAAUACAUUAUGUUAGCAAUGAUGUAUAGGAAUCAUUAUUGAAGAAAGAAUUAAAGGCUCUGAUAGAUUGCAAUUCAUAAUAUGUGGUUUAAUGUUACGGGGCAUUUUAUUCCAAAGGAGAAAUCUACAUUGUUAUGGAGUACAUGGACAUGGGGUCCUUGUCGAUAAUAUUAGAAAAAACAAAAAAAAUACCUGAAUCCAUUACCAUGUUGAUUACCAAAGAAGUUCUUUAAGGUUUGGAUUAUUUGCAUACCAACAAACACAUCAUACAUAGAGACAUCAAACCUCACAACAUAUUAAUCAAUAAAAAGGGAGAAGUGAAGAUUGGUGACUUUGGGAUUUGUUCUGUUAGCGAGAAUUCCGACUAGAAAUUCGAUACCUUCAUUGGUACAAUUCAAUACAUGUCUCCGGAAAGAUUAAAUGGAGAAGAAUAUGGCUAUGAUUGUGAUAUUUGGAGUGUGGGCAUGAUGACUAUGCAAUGUAUUACAGGUCUCUUGCCAUUUGAAUUUGAUGCCAAAAAAAUGAGCAUGAUAGAAUACAUUUAAAUGAGCAAGAAUUUCAAAAUUGAUGAUUACUUCUAGCAACACAAACAUGCCAUUUCAGAAAACACUAUUUACUUCAUUUCCAGAUGUCUACAACAGGAACCGAAGGAUAGAUCCAAAGCUUAAGAGUUGCUGUAGACUAAGGCAAUCAAGUACACGUAAUCUCUAAAAGUUGAUGUCUUUAAAUAAUGGUUACAGUUGUCUAUAGAGGAAAUUUGA